AUGACUGUCACGAUUCCUGUCGAGCUCCAGCAGUACAUUCUCGAGCUCGCCAUCCCCCCGCUCAUCCAGCCUAGCCUCAACGAGCGCGUCCGACUCUGCAAGACCUUCUCGCUCGUCCAUCGCGCCUGGACGCCCAUUGCCCAGCGCGAGCUUCGCGAGCAUUGCGGGAUCAGUCUGGACGGCGUCCUUUAUCAUGAGCAAGCUGCCCAACGGUCUCUCCUUGCGGCGACGAGGGGUGGAUGGGCUGGCAAGCGACUCGAACUUCGAGUGUCGGGGAUUACUGCGUUGAAUUGGCGUACAGUCUGCGCCUCACCGGUGGAGGAGCUUUGGCUUACUUGUGUUGUCUACCGCUGGGUGUCAGUCCCGCACAACCUCCCGCAGACGGUGAAGAAGCUGCACUGUGCGGUAUUUGAGCUGGCAACGACGAGCAUGACCGACCCCCUCUACAAUUUUCCCGCGCUCGAGUAUCUACACCUGCGUCGGCCAACGAGACACCUUGAUUGUCUCUCCAUGUACCCCUUCGCCAGCACCCUGACUACCUUGCUGAUCGAUGGCGCUGAGCUCGGCGGAUCGCUCUUAGGGACCGUCCGAGACUGGCAGGAUCUGCCCCUACGCGUUCUCUUCUUUGCUACGCCCAACCGCGUCCUCAAUCGUCAGGAGCUGCUUGCCCUCCCCCCUACACUUCAACACUUUGCUUACCUCCCCGGAACGCCGGCAAAGGACGAUCCCAGUGCCAAGUACGACUUUGCGACGCCCCCAUUCCUCACACUCCCCAAGUCACUCCGUUCGAUGACCUUCGUCACGCCGCAACGCAUGUCGAUCGACCACGACAUCGCUCGCUCUGUCCUCAAGGUUGCGGCCAAGAAUGUCGGAGCGAGGUUUACCGUGGUGGCGGAGGAGAAGCACGGUAAGCGAUUCAGCGCGGAGGAAUGGGCGAUAUCGGUGGGAGCGUGA